CCUACCAGGAGAGGCCCGGAGUGGGAGGGCAAAGUGAAAACUCUCCUCCUGCAUUCCUGAACCCUCUUCCUGCUCUUCCCCCUCUCCCUCCCCUCUUCCUCUUUGGCUACGUGGUGGUCUCCCAGGCCGACACCCCGACAAGACAGGCAGGCAGGCACCCCCAGUUGGGGUAGGGAGAGGGGCGAGCCAUUGGGGUCCGGAGUGGGAAGAGAAAACUCUCCUGCGGCGUUCCUGACCCCUCUUCCUGCCCUUCUCCCACCCCCUUCCCUCCUCUCUUCCUCUUUGGCUACGUGGUGGUCGCCCGGACCGAAACCCCGAGUCAGGCAGGCAGGCACCCUCCGUGGGAUAGACACGUAGGGAGAGAGGCAAGUCUGGUAGGGAAGGCCUCUGGUUAGGGCAGCUACGGCAGCGGGAUGGGGCCAGGCGGCCCUGGCGGGACCCCUGGCCUCGGGGUGCUCUGCGCCCUGUGCUUCUGCUCCCUGAGCCCAGGGUGGGCACAAUACGAGCGUUACAGCUUUCGCAGCUUCCCUCGGGACGAGCUGAUGCCCCUGGAGUCUGCCUACAAGUACGGCCUGGACCAGUACGGCCUGGAGAACUGGGCCGAAAGUGUGGGCUACCUCGAGAUCAGCAUGCGUCUGCACCGUCUGCUGCGGGACAGCGAGGCUUUCUGUCACCUCAACUGCAGCACGGUGCGCAUGGACAGGGACGCGCCCGCGCCGGCCCCUAACCCUACCCGCGACCCCGAGCCCCAGGACAGUGACAGGUUCGCCGGCUUCCCCGAGCUGAGGCUCUUUGGGGAUCUGCUGCACCGCGCCAAGUGCCUCAAGCGCUGCAAGCAGGGGCUCCCGGCCUUCCGCCAGUCUCAGCCCAGCCGAGAGGUGCUGGAUGAGUUCCAGCGGCGAGAGCCCUAUAAGUUCCUCCAGUACGCCUACUUUAAGGCAAAUAAUCUUCCAAAAGCCAUUGCUGCUGCCCAUACCUUCCUUCUGAAGCAUCCUGAUGAUGAAAUGAUGCAAAGAAAUAUGGCUUAUUACAAGAGCAUGCCUGGUGCUGAGGAUUACCUGAAAGAUCUGGAAACCAAAUCCUAUGAGAACCUCUUCAUCAGGGCAGUGAGGGCAUACAAUGGAGAGAACUGGAGGACAUCCAUCACUGACAUGGAGCUGGCUCUUCCUGACUUCUUCAAGGCCUUCUAUGAGUGUCUUGCUGCCUGUGAAGGCUCCAGGGAGAUCAAGGACUUCAAAGACUUUUAUCUUUCCAUAGCAGAUCAUUAUAUUGAAGUUCUGGAGUGUAAACUAAAGUGUGAAGAGAACCUCACCCCUGUCAUAGGAGGCUAUCCAGUGGAGAAGUUUGUGGCCACCAUGUAUCAUUAUUUGCAGUUUGCAUAUUAUAAGUUGAAUGACAUGAAGAAUGCUGCUCCAUGUGUUGCCAGCUAUAUGCUCUUUGAUUCGAAAGAUGAAGUCAUGAAACAGAAUCUGGUUUACUAUGAGUACCACAAAGACAAAUGGGGCCUUACAGAUGAACAUUUCCUACCCAGACCAGAAGCUGUUGAAUACUUUAAUAUUACAAAACUCCAGAAGGAACUCUAUGAGUUUGCUAAGGAAAACAUCAUGGAUGAUGAUGAGGGAGAAGUUGUGGAAUACUUGGAUGAACUCCUGGAGGAGGAAGGAGGCAGUUAAUCUGAACAAGCCAAAGGCAUUCCAGAGCCACAUGGAUGUCUUCCCAAGAAGCACAAGACCCACAGUGGUUCUUCCUUUGCCUCCAUUUGCUCAGGUUCAUGAUACCUCAAAGCCUCCCCCUUUGUGCUGCGACAUAAAGGGAGAGCACCAGUUUUGAUUUCUCAAUACUCUCUAUAAGCAGGGAAGCCAAUCCUUCCUCCCUAUACAUUCUCUCCAUCAACUCUGGCCACCUGGCUGGCUGAAGAGUGUCCUCAACUUUGGUCUCCCUGCUUAGCUUUCUCUAAAGGUGAAAUGCUCUUAAUGUAAACAGCACUCCCCACUCCCUCACCAAAAAAAAAAAAAGACAAUCAUGAAACCUUUCUCUCUGCCUGCUUGCCUUACUUACUUCUUGAGCCCCCCACAAACUCCUGAAUUAGAAACAAAUAUGUUCUUUCACAAAGCACUUGGAGAGGUUGUGGAGGGAGUGAAUGGAGAUGGGAUGAAGGGGAGAAGAGACUCUUCAAGUCUCCCCAUUUGUGCCCUGACACUGACCUCAAUAAAAACCAAACCAAAGGUCUUCAGUUAAGGAAGGUGGACAUUGUGUCUUUUUCUAUGUGUUUUCUAAGGUACCUUUAAAGGUCUUUCUGAUGGUAACUUGUGUCCCUGGGAGGAGAUAACCUUAAGUUAAGAUAAAACAGGGAGAUGGUAAAUCCUGGGAAAGGAAAAGUACUCUAGUGUUUGUUUUCAUUUUUUAAUUCUUACUUCCUUCUCCUAUAAUUUCAAGAAGUCCCUGGUCUAAUCAGCAGAACUCUCUAGGAAUGGAAAGGAAAGAAUAAGUUGAAUAACCAAUGGGAGAAAGUUCCUCUACUGAUGAUGUAGAAAACAAUAGAGACUUGUGCAGUGUAUCUCAAAAUGGGUCCUUGCCCUCUAUCAUGAGAAACAUGACCUAGAGGCUAGAGAUCUGGCUUUGAAGUCAGAAGACCAAGGUUCAAAUCCUGCCUCCUUGACAGUGACUUAGCUUAACUGACCAGGAAAACUCAAAUUGCAAUGAAUGGAAGGAAAACAAACAUAUAUUAAGCAUCUGUUGUGUGCCAGGUGCUAUCCUAAUCACUUUACAAACAAUAUCUUAUUGGAUCCUCUCAACAAUCCUAUGAGGUGCUACUAUUGUCAUCCCCAUUUUACAGUUGAGGAAACAGAAGCAUAGAGAGAUUAAAUUACUUAUCUAGUCACAAAGUUCAUCUGAGGCCAAAUUUGAAUUCAGGUCUUUAUAACUAGUCCUAGUGCUUUACCCACCUAUGCCUCAUAGCUGCCAUAAGAAGGUACCAACCUGCAUCAACAGAGACAUUCCUGUACCAGUGAAACCACUGGUCCAGUUCCAAUCCCUAUGGAUGGGAUAUGAAUAGUUACUUUGGAUGGGAAAAGUUCAACAUGAACUCUUUUUCCUCUAGCGAAACAACUAUAAAUUAAUCACUUUCCUCAUGAAAAGAGAUUCAAUCCCACCAAUUCAUAGGAUUUGGAGUUAGAUGUGACCUUGGAAAUGAUGCAGUCCAAUUCAUUUAUUUUACUGAGUCUUAUUUUUAUUGAUAGCUUUUGGAUUUUUUGUUUUUUGGGGGUUUUUUGGUCAGCUUAAUUUCUAAAUGGAAUCUUCUCCACUUCUCUGCCCAGUGAGCCAUCCCUUUUUAAUAAUAUCCCACAGACUGAGAAAAAAAAAUCCAUUUCUCAAAACCAGACAACACGUCGAGCAUGACUGACAUGAUAUGCAACAAUAUGUUACACUCCAGGCCUCCAUCUCUGUAAAGAAGAGUGGGAAUGCUUUCUGAAUUCUUCUCUGGGGCCAAGCUUGCUCAUUAUAGUUACACAGAAUUCUGUUUUAUUUUCUUCAUGUUUAAAUUGUUGUAGUUACUAUGUAUGUUGUUUUCCUGGUUCUACUACUUUCGCUUUGCAUCAGUUUGUGUCUUCCCAUAUUUCUCUGAUUUCAUCAAAGGUGUUAUUUCUUUCAGAGCAGUAAUAGGCCAUUAUAUGAAUGUAACAUAAUUAGCCAUUUGUCAAUUACUGGGCUCCAUUGUCUUAUUUUAAAGAGGGGAAAAAUUAAGACCAAAGAGGUUGUGUCUUGCUCAUGGGGCAUAUGAUAAAUAAGUAAGAGAGAGAGAGGAUUUGUACCCAGGUUUUCUGAACUCUUUCUACUUCACCAUACUUCCCUGGCUACAUUAGCCAUUUAGAGAUGAACUGCUAAAUGAGGUUUUUCUGAACCCCUAAAUAGCUAAAUUCUUUUUGAUUACUUUAAAGAGUCAAUAUUCUUUUCUAAGCACAUUAAGUAUGUUUAUGAGGAAAAGAAAAUCUCACACACAAGAGAGGAUUGCCAUCAAAAGAAUUUAAAACAGAAUUUCAGAGUUUGGAGAAAUAUGAGACCAACCUGAGCAUGAUCUCCACCCCGAACACUCUUCUAUAUAUCUACCCAGACUCCCCCAUUCUGUACCUCUCCAAAAAAAAAAAAAACAUUCCUAACUAUUGGGCAGAGAUGGCCAAUGAGCCCCCUUAAGUGCUAUUAAAUGUGUAGUUCAUUCUUAAUUUUUUGUUUAGUGAAAUUAGCAGGUUAGAUCCAGCUUAGCAGAUGUGCUUAUAUUCCUCCAUUGGCUUUAUUUAUUUUGCUUUCUUUGAAGUUGUAAAUUAGUAAAUCCUCCCUGUGACACUUUAGGUUGGAAAGUAGUCUGGGAAAACUUUCUCUAGGCUAUUGAGUUUUUGAUGAUCAUCUGAAAGCCUGAAUUGAAAGUCCACCAUUAACUGCCCCAGAUUGCUAAAAAGAGAAUUUGAAGCUUUGAGCAUCUUCUUUUCCCAGAAGUCCCCUGGAUGAAAAGGAAAUGGGCCAGUGAUGACUGUCUGGCCAGACACUCCACUAGGAAGCUCCAGGGGAAGCUGAUGGGAGUUCAGUUUGGAGAAGGCUCAGUGGCCUGAUAAAUUAACGUUUUUAUUGUUGGCAUUGUUAAUAAAACAUUUUUUCACAUCAUGCGGUCUCCUAAUAGGUAAUCAAGCCUGAUGAUGAGUAAGGAAAAUAUGAUUCCCACCCAAGGAGACAGCAGCUCCACAGAAAGGGGCAGAUUCUCUUUUUUGUCUUCACACUCACUGCUGGGACUCUUCCUCAACCCAAGCAAUUGCUUUUUGAACUCAGUGGGGAAGAGGGCAGAGAGGGAAAGAAGACUGUGGUCCAGUAAGCAGCUCCAUGAAAACUGUUUAGAUAGUUCAUCUGGGAAAUAUUUAACCCUUUAUCUAACACAUAGCUAUGGUAUUCCUUUCAAAUAGCUGCUAGUACCUUCUGAAGUCCAUUGGCUCCAUGUGCCUCUCUGGUAUCAAUCGUCUCCCCUCUUAGGAUGUAUGCUUGAGUGUAGGGAUUGUUUCUGCUUUUUCUUUGUAUCCUCAAGGUUUAUCCAAGGACCUGGGACAUAUCAAAUGUUUAAUAACUGCUUGGUGGAUUGCUUUAUUGACCAGAAAAACAAACAAUGAGAAGAUAUCCAUCCACAGCCUCAUGGGAAAUCUACCCUGUUCUCUUCAACCAACCAAUGUCACCAAAACAAAUGAUGCAUAGACCGCCAAUGAGAAGAGUGGGCCAGCAGCUGUUCCUCUUGGAUUUUGAAUAUUUCUUUGUUGCAUUUGGGAAUAGUAUUUUGAGUUUCCUCCCUGUACGUGUGUCACACAGAAAUUCAAUUUUUUUCCCUCCAACUGUUGCCUCCUGGUUAAUUUGACUCUGCUUUUUUUUCCCCCCUUAAAAUAUGGUACUGUACCGCAGAGAUGUCAACACUGCCAUGUCUGACACGAACCAAAUAUAAAUGUAAUUGGGGAAUAUUUAACAAAAUAAAUAAAAAAUACAAUAGGACAUAAAUAA